UAUUGCAACGUGGUUAAGGGCUUAGGCCGCAUGUUGAGGGUUUUUUUGGCGCGGAAAGAAGCAGUCUGUUCAUUAACCUCUGCACUGCACCUUCAUUUUAUUCUAUGUCUGCAUCUCUCAUCCGCAGUUCACGAUAUCCUACUUGAAUCAUUUGAUAUUGAUAUGUACCACGACUUUCAGGAUGUUGUGACUUUAUCGUUCGCAGGCUGACAUUUCAGGUGAAUUCAAAGAUGGUUUUGCAAAAUACUGGAAAGUACAAACCAGACACUUCACAAAACCAGCUUGCCUUCAAACUGAGAGAAGAUAACUCAGACCUAAGAUUGCGAACAUCCCUUGAAAAUGAUGCUACUGACGCAAUGUAUGGAUUCAAUCGGAUCACUGAUCAUCAAGAAAGAAUUGGAUUUCUCAUUAACAUGCACAGUACCGAAAUUCAAGAUGAAGAUAGACGUUUAAUUAGUGCUGUGGACUACUACUUCAUUGAAGAAAAUGGAAAUCGUUUCAAAGUUUCCCUACCAUUCUCUCCCUACUUAUAUAUUCUUGUCAAAAAAGAAUUUAUGCAAGAAGUGUCAACUUACCUGAGCAAAAAAUUCGGUGGCUCCAUCAGCAGCAUUGAAAUCGUUGCAAAGGAAGACUUAGAUUUGCCAAAUCAUCUAAUAGGACUGAAACAAACAUUUUUAAAGAUAUCAUUUCCUAAUACUAGUGAACUGAAAAAAGUGAAACAGACCAUUUUCUCUGCAGUACGAAAGAACAAAGAACGGGAAAACAGCAAGACAUUUUACUCAGAAAUGUUGGCUGAAAGCACAGGAGGAAGUAUUCGCGGAGCCAGUAAUUCUGCAAAGAAGAAUACUGAUAAUUUAGAUAAUAUCAUGGACAUCAG